UGCUAUUCAAAUUAAAUAAAUUGCAGUUGGGAAAUAUUAGUUUCUUCAAAUUCGCAAAUUAUUUACGCUGUGUGGCAACAAUGGCAAAAUGCUAAAAUACACGUCAUAGACACAGUAAAAGGAAAGUUGCAGACACAAAUACAAACAGUGAACGUGGAGCUCAAAAAUGCCAUUUACGGAAACUAUAACGGGACGGGAAACGAACGAACGCAGAAAGUGUGUAAAACAAAAACUUUAUUUGCAAUUUUAGUUGGCUAAAGCAGAGCCCACUAAUCCUAAAAACGUACAAAGACAAAUUAGAAAUGGAGAAUGAGUCAGUGCCAGCUGUCGUGCCCACAACCAGAAAGCGCAGCAUUUGUGUGCCCUAUGAGAAGUCCGUGUGCAAUUUCGACGCAGUAGGCACAAAGCAUAACAUGAACCAAGCAACCAUAGCAGCCAUACGCAAAGAGGCACUACUGCAGCUGCAACAACAACAACAGCUAGCGCGCGCCUCCGUGCUAUAUGCUGGCUUUGUGAAUCUCUGCAUAUUCAUAGCGGGCACUAGCGUAGCUUUCAUACUCUACGAAUUCCUACACUUCAAUCCAUAUGGCGCAUUGUUGCGACAGACAAACAAACAAUUACAACACUUGCCUGACAACCACUUCCUGCAAACGCGCGAUGAUUUCGCUGUUUACGCUGCGCCAGGCACGGGCGCACUCGAUUUGGAAGCGCUCAAAGAUAUGUAUGUUAAAGCGAAAGAGGAGGCGAGCACGCCAGCUUCGGCAACAAAUGUGAAAGAGGCACUGGACUCAUUAAAAUUGGCAACGGAAAUGCGCACAAUGGGCAAGGACGAGAAGGCACAACGUUUAUAUGAGCAUGCUUUUGCACUGGCGCCCAAGCAUCCUGAAGUUUUGCUGCGCUACGGCGAGUAUUUGGAGCAUAGUCAACGCGAUAUUGUGCUCGCGGAUCAAUAUUACUUCCAGGCACUGAUGCUCAACCCAGCCAACACGGAAGCGGUGGCAAAUCGCCAACGCACCGCGGCCAUUGUACAAUCCAUCGACGAGCGCAAGCUAGAGCUGCUUGACUUGAAGCGUGACGCACUUUCUGCCGUGCACGAAUCAAAUGCAGCUUUGCGACGUGCAAAAAAAGAGGCUUACUUCCAACAUAUUUACCACUCAGUAGGUAUUGAGGGCAACACAAUGACUUUGGCGCAAACACGCUCCAUUUUAGAGACACGCAUGGCGAUCAAUGGUAAGUCCAUUGAUGAGCACAACGAAAUUCUCGGUUUGGAUUUGGCUAUGAAGUACAUCAAUGCCAGUUUGGUGAACAAAAUUGAGGUAACUCUGAAAGACAUAUUGGAGAUACAUAGACGGGUGCUGGGACAUGUUGAUCCCAUCGAGGGUGGUGAAUUUCGGCGCACACAAGUCUAUGUUGGUGGUCAUGUGCCACCCGGCCCGGGUGAUUUGGCAGUGCUCAUGGAACAUUUCGAGCAUUGGUUGAAUGCGGAGCUAACGGUUUCAUUGCAUCCAGUCAAACAUGCCGCCUUGGCGCACUACAAACUGGUGCACAUACACCCCUUUAUCGACGGCAACGGACGCACAUCGCGUUUACUCAUGAACGCUUUGCUGAUGCGUGCUGGCUAUCCGCCCAUUAUAAUACCAAAGCAGCAGCGGCACAAAUACUAUCAGUUUCUACAAGUGGCCAACGAGGGUGAUAUACGCCCCUUCGUACGUUUCAUUGCCGAUUGCACGGAGAAAACACUCGAUCUGUACCUCUGGGCGACCAGUGAUCUACCACAGCAGAUACCAAUGUUGGCGCAAACCGAGCAUGAAUUGGGCUAUGUGGACAAGUGGGUGACACCGUCUGCUGCGGGCGUUGAGCCUACAGCACCGCCAGAUAGAUUUGAAUCAGGUUCCGGCGAAAUUCCUUAACAUCUCAUGUGGUUGUUGUUAUUACUGUAUGCCAUAGAAUUUAGCGGCCCUACCACUAGGGUCGUGAACGUAUUAAUUUAAGCGUAGAAGGUUGCAUUAGCGUAAAUGAAAGAAAUCUUGUUUUAGCGUGUGUAAAAUUGGUGUAAUUUUUUGUUGUUAGUACAUACAUACAUAUUUAUUACUUAUAUAUAAGUAGAUAUGCAACACUUGACUGUGAUCUGUUAGAAGUGUGUGGGUUCAUGAUAAAACUUGGCAUAUCGCUCCGACUAUGUGAGACAAAGCAGCUUAAUUAACUAUAUAUGUAUAAAUAUUUAAAAUUCCAAAUUCAAAACGAAAAACGAAAAAGUUUAUAUUUUAAAAAUAUUUUAGUGCUAAUAGUGCUCCAAAAUCCAAAUCCUCGGCAGUAGACAAUUUCAAAUGCAACAAAGCCAAAAAGCUACAUUUUCAAAGUGAAAGCGAAAGCCAACUGCCAAAACGUAAACGAUAACCAAAAAGUAACAUGACUUUCAAUAACAAUUUACAACAACAAUGUA